AUGGCAAAAUCACCGACUCUUAGUGUGGUUGUCAACUCUUCAGAAAGUCUGUCUCCAUCGGUCACUAGCAGUAGCGAUGGUCUCUUCCUACCGGUGGCUUCCAGCCCGCUCACCGUCCCUCCAAUCGCACUGCAGGAAUCAAGUUCGAACAUCAACACGCCGAUUGGUAGCACGACGGGGGGGCCCACCAGCAGCACUGGAGUGUCACCGACCUACAAAGACCUCGAGCUACUUCCAAACAAUAAUAAUGACACUGUUACGUCACCCCACAAGCCGCCGCCGCCACCGCCGUCAGGUGUCACCACCGGCACUGUCGCGACGGUAACGGCUCCGACCACUACCACCACCACCACUACCCCCGGUUUCCCGACCGCCGCUGUCGCUUCUACGACGAUCGCCGGCCCUUCUGCCACGACCUUACCAACACCCAGCAUACCUUUAACCCCGACGCCAGCCCCAGGCAUAGGCAGCAUAGCAUACGCCCCGAUGAUGGGGCUCUCCCCUGUUCCAGCCACGAGCGCACUCCUGCCCCCGAGUAAUGUGACUCCAUUAACCAUGUCGCCAGGCACGGUAUUGAAACCGCCACCCGUCGGUUUGACGAACCUGGGAGGUAACAUCGUCGCCGGCGGCGGUGGCGGUCUCGGAGCCGUCGGCGGCAGUUUCGGUGGUGGUGUGGGAGGAGUGGGAGGAGGAGGAGGAGGCCUCGGCAGCGGCGGCAGCGGUGGUGGUGGUGGCGUUAUCGGAGGAGGAGUAGGAAGUAGCAGUAGCACUCCAAUCAUUGUUGGAGGGGUCCUUACUGAGGCUACUAGUGCUAUUUCUCCGGCUGCAGCAGCAGCAACUGCCACCACCGCCACCUCUACGGCAACCAGCAGCAGCAGCAUCAUCGCCUCGACCACCGCGACGACUACAGUAACCACCAGCACAACAACACCGGUGACGGCUACCAUACCAUCGCCGCAUUUUCAGCGUUCGGACUCAGUCAAGUUCCGACCAGCGACUGGUGGAGCGCCUCGCUCUCCCCACCAACCGAUUGGACAUUCAACACCACCAAGAGCAUCUAGACGCGUUCCGAGCUUAAAGUUAAAACGACUCAACGUCGCAGCUGCCGCUAGAGCCGAGAGAGUCGAUAAGACAGAAGCUACUAUGCCAUGUCUACCGCAAAAUAACCCUAACCCGUCUAUUACCAUAACUAUAGACUCCGACGAUGAGUCGGUGUAUAGUGACUACCUCAGCCCCGAAAUUAACUAUAAAAGCGAUGCACGUGUGCAAUUUAUAGGGGAUGAUACUAGCCUGUACGGCACGCCGAAGGAGGAGUUGUUGCCGUGCAGGGAGGAGAACGUUACUGUGGAAAACACAAAAUCGAGUCCAACAACUUUUCUAAAAGACCAAAUAUACUCGUUUUUCCAACCAUCGGAUAAUAAGUUGGCUAUGAAGCUUUUUGGUAACAAAAAUGCUCUCUAUAAGGAAAAGAUGCGACACAAACGUGUUGGAAACUGGGUUAUUCAUCCAUGUAGCAAUUUUAGGUUACAAGACUAUCUAUCUAUCUAUCUAUCUAUCUAUCUAUCUGUUAUAUACCGUAUCUAUAAACACUAA